AUGGCCGAGGGCAAGCAGCAUCUUUCCAUCGUUAUCUGCGGUCAUGUCGACUCUGGCAAGUCGACGACGACCGGCCGCCUGCUCUUUGAGCUCGGCGGUAUCCCUGAGCGUGAGCUGGAGAAGCUCAAGGAGGAGGCCGCUGCCCUGGGCAAGCAGUCCUUCGCCUUCGCCUUCUACAUGGAUCGCCAGAAGGAGGAGCGCGAGCGCGGUGUGACGAUCGCCUGCACCACCAAGGAGUUCUUCACCGAGAAGUGGCACUACACCAUCAUCGACGCCCCCGGCCACAGGGACUUCAUCAAGAACAUGAUUUCUGGUGCCGCCCAGGCCGACGUGUGCCUGCUGAUGGUGCCCGCCGACGGUAACUUCACCACCGCCAUCCAGAAGGGUGACCACAAGGCCGGUGAGAUCCAGGGCCAGACCCGCCAGCACGCGCGCCUGAUCAACCUGCUGGGCGUGCGCCAGCUCAUCAUCGGCGUGAACAAGAUGGACAGCGACACGGCCGGCUACAAGGAGGAGCGCUACAAGGAGAUCCGCGACGAGAUGAAGCACAUGCUCGCGCGCGUCGGCUGGAAGCCCGACUUCAUCGAGAAGAGCGUCCCCGUGGUGCCCAUCUCGGGCUGGAUGGGCGACAACCUGAUCAAGAAGAGCGAGAACAUGAAGUGGUGGGACGGCGUGGAGGUGAAGACCAUCGACGCCCGCACCGUCAAGGUCACCACCCUGCUGGACGCCCUCAACGACAUGGUCAUCGUGCCCGAGCGCAAGACCGACGCCCCCCUGCGCGUGCCCAUCUCUGGCGCGUACAAGAUCAAGGGUGUGGGUGAUGUGCUGGCCGGCCGCGUGGAGCAGGGCAUCGUGAAGCCCGGUGAUGAGGUGAUCUUCCUGCCCACCCACACCACCGCCAACCCCUGCGUGGGCAAGGUGUUCACCGUGGAGAUGCACCACAAGCGCGUGGACAAGGCCGGCCCCGGCGACAACGUCGGCAUGAACAUCAAGGGCCUGGACAAGGGCAACAUGCCCCGCACCGGCGACGUGAUGAUCCUCAAGUCUGACCAGACCCUCAAGCCCUGCAAGGACUUCACCGCCCAGAUCCAGACCCUGGACAUCCCCGGCGAGGUCAAGGCUGGCUACAGCCCCAUCGGCUUCGUGCGGUGCGGCCGCUCGGCCUGCAAGAUCACCAAGAUCAACUGGAAGGUCGGCAAGGAGACUGGUGGCAAGAAGCUGGACGCCCCCCACGCCCUCAAGGCCAACGAGAUGGCGGAGGUCGUGUUCGAGCCCUGCCAGCCCCUGGUGGUGGACCACUUCAAGGCGUGCGAGGGCCUGUCCCGCAUCGCUUUCCUGGACGGCAACACCGCGGUCAUGCUCGGCAAGGUUACCGCCGUCUCCCACAAGUAA